UUAGUACCAGAUAUCGUUGUGCUUAAGUCUAAUCCCUGAGUGUUUAUUUUGGUACCAUAACAAAAAUAUUAACAAGGGGAGAUGGUGUGCUUUUAUACACUAGAAUUAAAAUCUUCGACUUCGAAACUCAUUCAAAACGCCGCUCAGGCAGUGACUUUUUGAUGAGUUUUUGCUGUAGUUUCAACCUGCGUUCUGAAGUUGACUUGGUCUAAAUUGGAUUAUAGCUUCAAGGCACCUUUGAGAACCACAAUACUUGCACGUAUUCUUGUCAAUUAAGCCUUGUUUUACAUGAAACGGUGCGUGAUUUUCGUGUUUUCUGUUUUUAAUGAGGCUGCCUUUUUUAAUUAUUUGUCGCACUUUUCGGCUCUUAAGGCAGACUUAAUUCGAAAAUUAGCGACUAAAUGUGCAGUCAACGAAAUUAAUUCACAGCAUGAUUAAAAGAACAACAAAAUAAGUUUUGAUUAAAAACUCCAAGAGUGAUUUUAAACGUGUUUUAUGUUUUCUAAAGCUAUAAUUUUUUUUCGAAUCGGCGACAAGCCGUAAAAACUCAAUGACUUUUGUCGGCCGUCAAUAAAACAUGUAAGCUCACUAACCAUCGAUAUUUCAAUGGUGUAGAUCUGGUUUCUUACCACCAAAGUUGUUCAAUUAUACAAUUUUGAGCCGGUAUUUGGUCGCACUUUUAAUCAAAAAUCAACAAAAUACAUUACAGUAUACUCACAGAAGCAAAAAGACGUGGUAAUACCGCCUACUAGAAGAACUCUUGACUUGUGAUUGAUAAUAUUCAAUCGAAAGUAAAAGAAAUUCAUCAACGAAUCAUAGUUAUUCAAAAAGUUAUUUAUAUUUUAGUUGACGUUGUUUGGCUUUGGUACUAUUAUCAUCAGUCAAAACUACACUUGCUUAUCAACGAUUUUUCUGCUAAAAUUCCUUUGCCCUUUGAUAUCCGAUCUUACUUCACGCUUCGGUUAGAUAAGAGUACAUUUUUAUCUACUAAAUUUUAUUAUCGGCUUGGAGUAACAAUCAAAACUUUAUUGUUUUUACUAUUUAUUUCUAACACCAGUGGAUAAUAACCAGGCUUUACCAACCAAAAAAAUUGCUUUUUUUCAUCUCCAUUUUGGAGUUUUGGCGUGAAAUUUGAAUACAAAAAAUGGGCAACAAAGUUGGUGCCUUGCGAAAAUUUUCAACUUGCGCAAACUCUGAAUACGAUUUAGCCGCAAAGUACAACAAAAACAACAGCAACAACAACAUCAGUAAAAAAGUUGGACGGGGAAAACACAAAAGUGGCGACGGAAGCAUCGAAUGUGAAAUUCACAUUUUCAACCACCCUCCCUCCCCCUCUCCGAAUAGCCCAAAUUUAUCACCCUACGCUUGGAACAACGAUAACCAAACUCUUCCAGCGGUAAUAGCCAGCUUCUACCAAAACCAGCAGACUAUUUUUCAAGAUGAAACUGAUAUUCUCUCAAAAAUUGGGGUUCUCUUGAACUCGGCUGACCUCAACAAGAAACUUCAGGAAAACUUACAAACUCAAGAUGACCCUUUGACCUUGACAGUGACCCAAGGUGACCUGUUCUGUGCAAAAUACGACUACAACCCGACCAAGAGUUCUAUGAACUCAUUCCUGGACGAGAACGAGCCAAUUUUGAACUUAAUUCGAAACGAGUUCUGCCUUCUACUCGAUCAGCACCUGAUUGACAGGAACUGGGUCAAAAUUGUGAACAAAAAAGGCAAAUCUGGCUGGGUGCCUGUCAACUACCUCAUACCCGUCAAAGAAGUCACCGAAUCUGUCAACUGGUACCACGGGUUGCUAUCCAAAAGCGGAGCAGAGGUCAUUUUAACCAACGGGGUCAACGGAAGUUUCCUAGUUCGUGAGAGUGAAAGUUCACCGGGAAAAGUCACGCUUUCCAUGCAUUUCGACGUGAAAAUUUACCAUUAUAGAAUUCUAAUUGAUCACGCCGGCAAGUAUCACAUAAACAUGGAGAAAGCGUUCAAUUCGAUUUAUGAUUUGGUGCAAUAUCACACUGUUAAUUCCGAUGGGCUAAUUUCGAAGUUACUAUUUCCGGUACCAUCGCAAGGAGCUUGUACACAGUCGCCAAUUCAAAGCCAGCAGCUGUUGUGCUCUUCAUAUACUUGGAAUAUGCUCAGAAAUUGGCUAGCAGAAUCAAUUGUGAAAAAUUCUAACAGUACUGCAGAUUUAUAUUCAACAGCUUCACCUGAUAUGUAUAUAUCAUGUGGCGAAACAGUAGAAAAUCAAUUCAGUGAUAAAAGUAGCGAAAAAUGCUCGAAUAGUACAGAGAAUUCGAACGGUGAACAUCGCUACGAAAACUACGACGAGGCCAUUCGUAACUGCAAGCCACAGUUGAUUUUCCCGCCGAAUCAGCCAGAGUCGAGCGAAAUGCGAGUAAUCAUUUCGGAUUUGAGACUUGCAACAUUGUGAAUAUAAGUAAAACUAUUAAAAACCGACGUAAAUUUUGUGCUAAAACUGAUAAAUUGGUAUGAAAAGACAUAUUGUCGCUUAGAAUAAUUAUUUUGAUAGAAAUAAUUUUGUAAAAUUAUGAAAUUUAAAAACAAAACGAA